AUGAACGGCUUGGAGGAAGAACCCAUGGCCCCUCAGACAUUCCUUUACGGGUGUGUGCUGGAGGCUGGAAAGGAUGUGACUUUCAACCCGGAAGAUGAGGACUUUGAGCAUCAGUUAGACCUCAGAAUGGCUUGCGUGGACUCCAGUACAAAGGAUGAGCUUCACAUGGUUGAAGUGGAAGGACAAGAUGUAGAGGGUCAAAAAAUAAAAGCAGUUUUAGUUUCACUCAAGCCCUCCGCACUCCCAAGUGUUUGCCUUGGUGGGUUCACCUUAACUCCCCCAGUAUCUUUUCGACUAAAAACUGGUUCUGGACCGGUUCAUCUCAGUGGACAACAUCUUGUUAUGGCAAUUGAUGACAGUGAGGAGGAAGGUGAUGAAGAGGAGGAGGAGGAGGAGAAAGACAUUAAAGCUGUACAGCCUUCAAAGAAAAGACCUGCUACUUCUCCUGCUGAUAAAUCAAAGAAAAAGAUGAAGAUUGAGAUGGAUGAUGAGGAAGAUAGUGAUGAAGAUGAAGAUGAGGAGGAGGAUGAUGAUGAUGAUGAUGAUGAGGAGGAGGAGGACCUGACCCCAGUUAAAACGCCAAUAUCGAAACCCAAUACUCAAAAUGGCAAAAGCCCAAAACCGUCCACACCUGGCCAAAAAAAGGAGGUUAAGACUCCAAAGGGCAAAGGUGACAAAUCUCCAAGAACGCCAGCCACUCCUAGAGAACCUUUGACAGUUCCACAGUUAAAGGAAAAAAUGUUAGAAGUUGUCUCAAAGGGUGUAACACUACCCAAGAUCCAGGCGAAGUUUGAGAAUUUUGUGAAGAAUAGUUACAGAAUUUCAGAUGGAAAGGUUUUUGCAGAACUCUGGGCAUGGAGGCAAACUGUUUAA